UCGCCAAGAGGAAAAUUGUAGCCAGCCAUGUAUCUAGAAUCCUGCGUGGUUUGGACUUCUCUUUUCACAGGCAUUGACUGCUCAUACUCGCAUGCUGGCUCGUGCUUUUGCUUUGACUUGCUGGUCUAUCCUGUAUGUUCGAUACCUGGCUGUGUUUAUAUCCCUUGCGUAUUUUCUCCCACUAGCAUUUGCUAUCUGCCAUGCCCUUAAUCGCUAUCCAUUAUUAUAUGAAGCGGUGAGUCCAUGACAUUGUACUAUCAGACUAUAUUACCAGAUUUCAUUCACGUGUUGAAUGCACCGUCGAUCACUGAAGUGC